CCUCGGUAAGCUAGUAGCAUGAUGAAAUCUCUCCAAAAUGUUGUUAAAAUAGAAGUUAAACUGUUUUGCCACGUAAACCUGAUCUCGUCGGUGAUAACUGAGCGGCUGGUUUGGUUCAUCGAUGGAGCAGAAGCUGGCAGAGUUCAGAGCCAGAAAACAGGCUGAAAAAACGAUGAAAAAGAGCGCCGAUCAGCCCUGCAGAGCUCAGACAGAGGAGGACACAGCUGCUCAGACGGACACCACAGUAACUAACGAGAGUCCGACAGAAAAGCCUGCAGAUGUCAGAGCCUCAGCUCAGAGCAGCAGGGACCGCAGAGACUGGCUGCUGGACAACGCUCUGGGAAGAUGGCUGACUAAGAGACAGAUUGUCCUCUCAAACCUGACUUUGCUCAAAGUGCUGCUGUGGCUGGUGCUGCUCGGUCUGUUUGUUGAACUGGAGUUUGGCCUGCCAUUCUUCGUCAUUUCGCUCUUCUACUGGCUCUAUGAGGGACUCCGUAGCCCGGCUGCCCGCGAGCCCGGAGAACUGAGCGCUUAUUCUGUCUUCAAUCCAGACUGUCAGCCUCUGCUGGGCACCCUCACUGCGGAGCAGCUGGAGGGAGAGAUGGGUUACAGACCCCUGGCUAACAGAUGAAGCACCAGUGAUGUGCACAUUUACGUCAAAUAUUCACAUGUUUUUGUCCUUUCAAAAAUGUUUCUUGUCUCUAGGCCUUAAUAUCAAAAAUUACAAACAUCCUGAGAGUAAUUCAUUGCACAUUUUGCUUUGGCAUUGUCUUCUUUUCAUCUUCUUUUUU